UCAUAGAACUCCCAAUGGGAUAGGGCAUUUUUCCCUUUAUUUCUUCUUCCUCGUCUUGACAGCAGAGAGGUUUUCGUAGAGGUUUUAGUCUUCCUUCCUUGUCGUAGCAGCAGAGAGAGAGGGAGAGAGAUGGUGGCACUGCACGUGAGCUCGAAGGCGGAGCUCAAGAGGAGGGAGAAGCAGAAGAAGAAAGCGAAAUCGGGCGGCUUCGAAUCGCUGGGCCUCAGCUCUAACGUCUUCCGUGGCAUCAAGCGCAAGGGCUACCGUGUCCCCACCCCUAUCCAACGGAAGACCCUUCCCCUCAUCCUCUCCGGCGCCGAUGUCGUCGCCAUGGCCCGCACCGGCUCCGGCAAGACCGCCGCCUUCCUCAUCCCCAUGCUCCACCGCCUCAACCAGCACCUCCCCCAAGGCGGCGUCCGCGCUCUCAUCCUCUCCCCCACCCGCGACCUCGCUCUCCAGACCUUGAAAUUCACCAAAGAGCUCGGCCGAUAUACAGACAUUCGUAUCAGCUUGUUGGUUGGUGGUGAUAGCAUGGAAAGUCAGUUUGAAGAACUUGCACAAAACCCAGAUAUUAUAAUUGCGACCCCUGGUCGGCUCAUGCAUCAUUUGGCUGAGAUUGAAGGAAUGUCUUUACGCACUGUAGAGUAUGUCGUAUUCGACGAAGCUGACUGUCUCUUCGGAAUGGGCUUUGCUGAACAGUUGCAUAAAAUCCUUUCGCAGUUGAGUGAGACACGACAAACGCUACUUUUCAGUGCAACCUUACCAAGCGCCCUUGCUGAGUUUGCCAAGGCUGGUCUGCGGGACCCACAACUUGUGCGGCUUGAUCUGGACACAAGGAUUAGCCCUGACCUGAAGCUCGCCUUUUUCACCUUACGCCAGGAAGAAAAACAUGCUGCGUUGUUGUAUUUAAUUAGGGAGCAGAUAAGUUCUGAUCAGCAAACUUUGAUAUUUGUCUCUACGAAGCAUCAUGUAGAGUUCCUCAAUAUUCUUUUUCGAGAAGACGGCAUAGAGCCAUCUGUUUGUUAUGGUGAUAUGGAUCAAGAUGCUCGCAAAAUUCACAUUUCGCGAUUUAGAGCUAGGAAGACUAUGCUGCUAAUUGUGACAGAUGUUGCUGCAAGGGGUAUUGAUAUUCCGUUGCUUGAUAAUGUCGUGAACUGGGACUUCCCCCCAAAGCCCAAGAUUUUCGUCCAUAGAGUUGGACGAGCUGCCCGAGCUGGUCGAACUGGUACUGCGUAUUCAUUUGUUACAUCAGAGGACAUGCCUUAUCUUUUGGAUCUUCAUCUAUUUCUGUCAAAGCCAGUUAGGCCUGCACCCACUGAGGAGGAGGUUCUGCAAGACAUGGAUGGAGUAUUAUCCAAAAUUGAUCAGGCAAUUGCAAAUGGUGAAACAGUCUAUGGACGUUUUCCCCAGACUGUUAUAGAUCUUGUUGCUGACAGAGUUCGGGAAAUUAUCGAUGGGUGUACAGAGCUGAUUACCUUGCAGAAGUCGUGCACAAAUGCAUUUCGCUUGUAUUCAAAGACGAAGCCUCUGCCUGCAAAGGAAUCCAUUAGAAGAGCGAAGGAUAUGUCCUGUGAAGGAUUGCACCCGAUUUUUAAAAAUGUGCUGGGAUCCAGCGAGUUAACAGCGAUGGCAUUCUCUGAGCGCUUAAAAGCUUUUAGACCGAAGCAGACCAUCUUGGAGGCUGAAGGCGAAGCUGCUAAAGCAAAGCAUUUGCGAGGUCCUUCUAGUCAAUGGGUUGAUGUCAUGAAGAAGAAAAGGGCUAUUCAUGAAGAGGUCAUCAAUUUGGUGCAUCAGCAACGAUCUAGUGAUCAGGUGGCAAAGAUGCAGGACAUAAAGUCGGAUAGCAUAUUUCCUGAAGAAAGGGAGAUAAAAGAAGUUCGCGGUUCUAAAAGAAAGGCAGAGAGCUUUAAGGAUGAGGAGUACUACAUAAGUUCAAUACCGACAAAUCAACAUCUGGAGGCAGGUUUAGCAGUAAAGGCAAACGAGGGCUUUGGAUCAAGCAGACUAGAAGCUGCUGUUCUGGAUCUAGUAGCAGAUGACAGUGCUGGUUUGCAGAAACAAAAAUCUGUUUAUCACUGGGAUAAGAGAGGUAAAAAGUACAUCAAGUUAAACAAUGGUGAACGUGUGACGGCCUCUGGAAAGGUCAAGACAGAGAGUGGUGCAAAGGUAAAAGCUGGCAAGACAGGGAUAUACAAGAAAUGGAAAGAACGGUCACACAAUAAUAUCUCUUUUAAUGGAAUGGCCACUGACAGCAAUGCUGAGGGUACUGGUUUAGCAGCCAAUCGUCGGAUGCAGGGGAAUAACAGACACUUCAAAGGGGCAAAUAAAUACCAUGCAGUGCCUAAUGCCCAUGUGCCAUCAGAGCUGAGAGAUCCCGAGCAGGUGCGGAAGAGGCGUCAGCAAAAGGCUAAUAGAGUAUCUUACAUGAAGAGCAAAUCUGCCAAGGGGAAAAAGUAUGGAAAAAAUGGGAAAAGAGGAAACAGAAAGUCUUCGAAGCCAUAGAUUCAGAUCCUUCAUAAGUGACUUCUAGCCUUGAAGGUCUGCCAACGCAAGGAAAGAGAAAGGAACGGUCCCAAAGCCAGCCUUAGAAAGAGAUGAGCAGUAAGCUUUCACUCUGUUCGCAUGUGGCCGUGUCAUUUCAGGCCAUUUUUCUUUCUUUCUUCUUUCUGUAUCGUGGCAAGUUUUGUUUUAUUAAUUAAUUAAGACUCUUUGUGCAACUUUUUUGUUUUUGUAUUCAUUUUCUUUUUUGUUUCAGAAGGGGUAUGCUCCCUUUCUCUGUCGAGCUGUUUUUGAUCUUGAUUGGUUGGUCUGAUGAAAACAUUUCUAUCGAGACAUUGAUGCAUUGGAAAAUAUCAUUCAUGUCAGUUUUCAUCA